AAAGACUGGAGAGGCGUCUUGUGCCAACGGAUUUGCCCUGGUACCUGCCGCGCAUGCCAGCAGCUGUCUCAUCGGGGGGGGGACUUGGACGUCACGGUCACCAUAGAGACAGCAGCGAGGAUUUGGUUUCAAAAGGUGAAGAGAAGCUGGGAAUUAGGAAGGAGGAAGUGUUUUUAGCUGUGGGUCUGAGAAACGACAGGCUGGCAUGGAAAAAGAGAAGUUCCAGCAGAAGGCUCUGAAGCAAACUAAGCAGAAGAAAUCCAAGUCGGCUGAAUUUCUGAUGGUAAAAGAAGAGAGAGCAGCAACAGAAGGCAUUGAAAAUCCAGCUUUUAACAUCAGCAGCACAGAUCUUUCAGCAUAUCAGACUUCUGAAGAGGAAGUUAUUAGACAUGACAAGCUGCAUAGCACCCUUGCAGCUCACCAACAAAAACUGAGGCUGCAUGCCCAUGCUGAACCAAGAGGAAAUGAAUACAGCAGAAAUUACUUUGACCUGCUGAUGGAUGAGGAAAUAAACCCAAGGCAGUGUGGGAUGGAGGUCGGUGAAGAAGAUCCUGUGAAAUUUGAGGAGCAAAUCCUAUAUGGUAAACUGAUGAACUUUCUAGAGGAAGAAAGCAAGAUGGUGGACUCCCAAGCCCCUGUCACCAGUGAAGAUUUUUCAGAUUCCGUGAUGCCUGUCAGCUUCAGUAAGACACGCGACCUUCACAGGGAGAUUGAAGAUGAAGUGAUUCCUUCAUAUAUCAAACAGUUUGAGAGAGAUGUUCAGGAUGACAUAAUUCUGCUUGGCAGCUUUUCACUGGAACAGGUCUCAAAGUACCACAAGGAAGUCUCUCACCAGAACAAACAAAAGUUGGGAGCCAGGAUUAAUGAGCUCUUUCAAAGCCACUGCAGAGCGGGAAGUCAGCCGUUGACAGCAAAGGUGAAUGGAUGUGAAGAAGAAAUUGUAGCCAGCUUUGGUAACCUUGCAGGCAUGAAAACUGGAUUAAAUGGAGCAGCAAGACUUUGUGGGAAGGUUGACUGCUCCAAGACAUCACAGCCAAUAGAAAUUCACAUCAAAUGCCUGAGGGGAGUCAAAGAUAAGGUCCCCAAAGGCCAUUAUACCCUGAAAGUUUCCGUUCUCAACCGCUUAGGUGGUCGCUUACUGCAGUGGCCCAAACUGAAGGAGCAGCCUUGGGUCAGGACCACUCUGCCUGUUAGUCAUGAUGGAAACUUCUACAACACUGAAAUCUACUUCGGACAAAGUAUCCACACGGUUCUACCACCUAGAAAGGCUGUGAGGCCGGGCAUGGCAGUACUCUUUGAACUCCUCCUUCUUGCUGGAACCUGUACUUGGAUUGAUCGAAAAGUGGGAUGGGGGGUUUUUCCUUUAUGUGACAAGAGUCUGAAUGCUUUGGAGGGAAAGUUUAAAUGUCCUUUCCUUAGAGGCCAUUAUGAUUCUAAAAUUGACCAAUUCAAAAAAAUUGAAAAUCUAAUUUCUCAAGACUUGGACCAUUGGCUGUGCAAUCUAUACUUUCAGAUAAUUAAACUACCACAGGAUUCAGAUAAGCAGAAUAAACAUGCUGUGCAUCUUCAUCUCCCACCUGAACUUCCCAUGUAUUCCAGUGUUGCUGAAAAGAAUGGUGCUUCAGAGAAGGUUAAGUGUCAUGGACCACAAGGGCAACCUCUGACCUCCCUGAAAGAUCCUGACACCCAUAAGGGAAGUAUUCCCACUGUUGUAAAGGAAGUGGAAAAGCAGUUUAAUGCUGCAAAAGGAGGAGAAGCGUGUGCACCAGAAGAAUCUGGGAGGAAAAUGGAAGAGCUUAAAAUGCUUCCAGCAGAGAAUGAUUUUUACCAAGAUUGCUGUGGCUAUACAGAUGAUCACUGUGGUAUAUUUCAGCUGAAAGAAGAACAAGGAAUACAGCACAAGAUCAACUGGAAUAACCCACCUGAACAAUAUUAUCAGGAAAAGUCUGGUCCUGUAAACAAUACAAGCCUUGAAGAAGGUAAAGCAUCUUCAGAGAUCAACUUUUAUUUGGAGGAGUUAGAGAAAUAUACUUUUUCUCUAUGCUGCCACUCUGCUGUUGAGGUGAAACUGUCCAGAAGGGUUGCUGAGCAUUUCUAUUUUGGGGUGUAUGCAGCCUUCUCAGAGCUGGGAGCUGCACGCUGGUGUUCCUGGGACUUCUGGCUGCUUGUGCUGCUGGUAGUGUUGCUUUGGUUUGUGAAACUUUACCUGCAUUACUGUAGCCAAUGGAUCUUCCUUAAGACCAUCUCUGUUCCAGUUACAAAAUUCCAGUUUUUACCUCACACUGUUGAGCUGUGCUACCGAAACUCCUUGCUGAGGACCAGUGAAGAGUUGGUAUAUGGUCAUGGUGGGGACCCUAACCUGGAACACUGGGCUACUUCUAUGGUCCUGAUCAAAUGGGGCUGUCAGCAGCUGUUUGAUUCAUUCCCUUCCUUCUUGUCAAAGUUUAUCAUAGCUCUGGGACUCUGGACAGUGCUGGACCCCUUGGCAGUGUUUGUAGUGGAUUCAUUCCUGGGGCGACUUGCGAACAGUGUAGAGAAACCCAUUGCUGAGGCUGCAAAGCUCUACUUCUUUCUAAGAACAGAAGAGUCGGGGAUUCUCGGUGCACUAAUCACUGUGACUUACACAGUCCUGUUCAUCAUUUCCACGACAGUGUUGUACCUUUACUUUCUAAGGCUACAUAAUGAAGGGUCUGUUGAUCUGUUUCAACGCGUUCAUGGUGAAGAAGGUGCAUUCUUCGUUCCACUGGAUUUAGAGAUUUCCAGUCAGGAGCUGAGCUACAUUAUGAAAAGAGCUGAGCAGUGGAGAGGAAUCAAAGGUGAAAGACGGAUGGUGGCAGUGUAUGAUUACAUCUGGAAGGACCAUGCCAGCAAGUCUGGUGUCCCCAGCUGUGACCUCCAGCACCAGGAUGAAAUCUUUGACGCGGCAGCUACCUCAAGAGGUACCACUGUUCACGUGUCGGUGUUCACCGUACACCUCAGCGGUUUCCAGCAACUCUACAGACACUUCCUCAGGCUGCCUGAUGGGGCUAUUGUUGAGGCAUUUGGUGAUAUUACUGGAAUAAGUCUUUUGUGUAAUGAAGUGAGCACAGCUCAGGAACAUGUAAAUAAAAUGGACAGUAUGCUGCAUAUAUCUUCAAAUAUCAAGUUGAAGAAGAGGAAGAGGAGUAUGGCUAGGUGGAAAGGAAAUCACGUUGCUUCCAAUAAGAGCUAAUUCCUGGAGGACUGCGUAGUUCACAGAGUUAUUUACACCCAGAUUUACAUCCAUGCUAUGAUUACUGUCUGAUAGGAUUUAUGGUUCUGAUGUCCAUCCACACUUCUGUUUACAGAAUUGUCCUGCAAAUGCACCAUUCAUUACUCUUCUGUAGCUUCAACUGACAUUUCAGUGUGGGAGCUGAUUGGAUCUGUUCAUAGAUCUGAUACAUAGUAAUUUUAUAAGACUUUUUUCCUUCCAUAUAGUGGGACAUUCCCACACUGCUCAGGUUUGCUUAUACCUGCUUUCCACUGUAGUGGUGGGGAAAAUG